UACAAAUAAAUGGCUGCUUUACCCAGAAGAAUCAUAAAGGAAACCGAGCGGUUGAUCUCAGACCCGGUUCCUGGCAUCACCGCCUAUCCUGAUGAAAGCAACUUGCGUGCGUUCACCGUCGCCAUGGAUGGACCCGACUCGUCUCCCUAUGAACAUGGAGUGUUUGACUUGGAGUUAUAUUUACCAGAUGACUACCCAAUGUGUCCUCCCAAAGUGCGGUUUUUAACGAGGAUAUAUCACCCCAACAUCGACAAGUUGGGCCGCAUUUGCUUGGACGUGUUGAAAGAUAAUUGGUCUCCAGCCCUCCAGAUUCGGACCAUAUUACUUUCAAUCCAGGCGUUGCUAGCGUCCCCCAAUCCGGACGAUCCAUUGGCCAAUGACGUGGCGGAGGACUGGAAAAAGGAUGAGGCUAAGGCGAUUGGCGUGGCGAAGGAAUGGACGAGUAAAUAUGCCAAAUCUCACACAGCGUCCGGUUCGGCUGAAUGAAUAGAGCCGUUAUGCCGUCACGACCGAGAACAUCCUGAUACAUGAUGUAUAUCAUCCUGAUACUUUUGUAUAGCGAUGAUACAUACCCUAAUGUGAUAUAUCAGAAUAUAUUACUCAAAUAUAGUAGAUGUGAUUUAUACGAUGUGUAUAUAACGCCGUCAAAUCGGUUGCUAGUUGGGGCCCGGAAAUAUACGUGGCGAGUGCAGCUACCAAAUCGGGUGGUGCGCCCAAAAUUCCACUCAUCCCCAGUGGUGAAUCCUAGCCGGAUGUGAAUGGUUUCCCGCCCAGCGAGGCAAUGGACCUCAAAUAAACGACCCAGUAACUCCUCCAGACCUGGUCUUCUGUACCACCACCUCCCGUACGUCUCUCCUCGCGUCUCACAUUUAUUAUCGCCUUAUAUAUGAAAGCUAUGCCAGGCGCGUAUAUUUUUUAAGUAGUCUCCUUUGAAAACUAUUCUCACCAUUUUCAAUUUUUUACCGUGUUCUUUUCUUUAGUAUCAAUUACACAAGUAACACUUGGCCCCAAACGUCUUAUAUUCCUUCGUUACAUACCCAUAAUCGUUAGUGGUUCCGUCAUAAAUAUUUCCAACCAUGGGCCAAGAAGAUGACGAUGACUCUCGCAACAGUCCGUUUGUCGAUCAGACCUAUGACUCCAUCGCUUCCCGAUACGUUGAUCCCGACGACUCGACCAAGCUCUCAUUCAACGACUCCAGUGGCGCCCUAAACCCUCGGCGAUCCGAUAAACGGGUUUUUUCAGACGACAGCUUCAAGACUGUCAAACUGCCCACAGAAGAGUUUUCCUUUGAAUCCACUGCCUACCCCCCGGCUGGCGAUGACACCGACGGUGAGUUCAGUGGUAUGCCUACUCCCAGUAUCCGCGCCGAGGACCUG